CGCGCGGCCGGGCGCCUGACGUGGCACUCGCAGCCCAGAGCGACUUGGCCGCGGCGGCGCGGAGCGCGGGGCGCGGAGCGUGCAGAGCCGGGUUCUUCUGCAGCAGCUCUCCUCUGGAAUGAUAUUUUCAUAAUGAGCCAACAAGGUUAUGUGGCGACACCCCCCUAUUCCCAGUCCCAGCCUGGAAUGGGCCUUUCUCCCCCUCAUUACGGGCACUAUGGGGACCCAUCCCAUGUAACUCCUCCACCAGGCAUGGUGAAGCCAUCCGGGCCUUUGGGAGCUGCUGCUCCUCCAGGGCUGUUGCCCCCAGGCCCUUUACCUCCUGGACCCCCGCAAUUUGGCCCCAAUGGAGCCCAUGCCCCAGGCCAUCCUCCCCAAAGAUUUCCAGGACCCCCACCUGUCAAUAACGUGGCACCCUCUUAUGCAUCAGGCCAGCCCCUGCCACAGUCAUCUUACCCAGGUCCUGGGUCCACUUCCUCUGUCACCCAGCUGGGUGGUCAGUUCAGCUCCAUGCAGAUCAACAACCUUGGUGUGGGCAUGGCCCCCCAGAGCCAGGGCCCCCCUGGCCCUCAAUCAGCGGGCGUCUUCCAGGGGCCUCCACAACCUGCACAGCCAUCUAUCCUGCAGCCAGGACCUCCGGUUCCGCCACCACCCCCCUCCACCCUGAACGGCCCUGGUGCCCCUCCUAUGUCUGCACCAACUCACAGGCAGGAUGGGCUUCCUGGGCCUACUCCUCUGAAUGCCCAGUAUCAGCCCUCACCUCCACCAGGCCAGACCCUGGGUGCUGGCUACCCUCCACAGCAGGCACCCAGCUAUGGACCUCAGAUGGGAGGUGCACAGAUGUCUUACCCAGGAGGCUUCCCUGGAGGUCCUGCACAGAUGGCCGGGCCACCACCACAGCUCCAGAGGAAGCUGGAUCCUGACUCCAUCCCCAGCCCCAUUCAAGUGAUCGAGAAUGACAGGGCCACCCGAGGCGGACAAGUCUACACUACCAACAGCAGAGGCCAGGUGCCUCCCCUGGUCACCACACAGUGUGUGAUUCAAGACCAAGGCCACUCGAGCCCCCGGUACAUUCGCUGCACCGCAUACUGCUUUCCGUGCACGUCAGACAUGGCCAAGCAGGCUCAAAUCCCACUGGCUGCUGUCAUCAAACCCUUCGCCGACAUUCCACCAAAUGAGACCCCGUUAUACCUGGUAGACCACGGGGAGAGCGGACCAGUGAGGUGUAAUAGGUGCAAAGCCUACAUGUGCCCGUUCAUGCAGUUCAUCGAAGGCGGGAGGCGCUAUCAGUGCGGGUUCUGCAGCUGUGUGAAUGACGUUCCUCCAUUCUAUUUCCAACAUCUGGACCACAUUGGAAGGAGAGUGGACCACUAUGAGAAGCCAGAGCUGUCGCUGGGAUCCUAUGAAUAUGUUGCUACUUUGGAUUACUGCAGAAAGAAUAAACCUCCCAGCCCACCAGCCUUUAUCUUCAUGAUUGAUGUUUCAUACAGUAACAUAAAGAGUGGACUCGUCAAGCUCAUAUGUGAGGAACUGAAGACCGUGCUGCAGAGACUACCCAAGGAGGAGCAUGAGGAGACAUCUGCAAUUCGAGUUGGUUUCAUCACAUACAACAAAGUUCUCCACUUCUUUAAUGUGAAGAGUAAUUUGGCCCAACCUCAGAUGAUGGUGGUGACCGAUGUUGGAGAGGUCUUUGUUCCUUUGUUGGAUGGGUUCCUUGUCAACUAUGAAGAAUCUCAAUCUGUGAUCCACAAUUUAUUGGACCAGAUUCCAGAAAUGUUUGCUGACUCCAAUGAAAGCGAGACAGUCUUUGCUCCUGUCAUCCAGGCUGGCAUGGAAGCACUUAAGGCGGCAGAGUGCCCUGGGAAGCUAUUCAUCUUCCAUUCCUCCUUGCCUACUGCGGAAGCACCGGGGAAGCUCAAGAACAGAGAUGACAAAAAGCUGGUUAACACAGACAAAGAGAAGAUACUUUUCCAACCCCAAACAGCUGUCUACGAAUCUCUGGCCAAGGACUGUGUGGCCAAUAGCUGCUCGGUGACUCUCUUCCUCUUUCCCAGUCAGUAUGUGGACGUGGCUUCCUUGGGUCUGGUUCCGCUGCUCACUGGAGGAACUCUUUACAAAUACAACGCUUUUCAGAUACAGACGGAUAGCCAGCGAUUUCUGAAUGACCUCCGAAAUGAUAUCGAAAAGAAAAUAGGCUUCGAUGCUAUUAUGAGGGUCCGCACCAGUACAGGUUUCAGGGCCACUGACUUCUUCGGUGGAAUAUUAAUGAACAACACCACAGACGUGGAAAUGGCGGCCGUCGACUGUGACAAGGCUGUGACGGUCGAGUUCAAGCACGAUGACAAGCUGAGCGAGGAUGCCGGAGCCCUGAUCCAGUGUGCUGUGCUCUACACGACCAUCGGCGGUCGGCGAAGACUUCGGAUUCACAAUCUCGCCUUAAACUGCAGCACCCAGCUAGCAGACCUCUAUAAGAGCUGUGAAACGGAUGCCCUUAUCAACUUCUUUGCCAAGUCAGCUUUUAAAGCAGUUUUGAACCAGCCUAUGAAGGUCAUCCGGGAAAUUCUAGUUAAUCAGACUGCCCAUAUGUUGGCAUGUUACCGGAAGCACUGUGCGAGUCCGUCUGCAGCAAGCCAGCUUAUACUGCCAGAUUCCAUGAAAGUUCUGCCCGUGUACAUGAACUGUUUGCUGAAGAACUGUGUGCUGCUCAGUAGGCCAGAGAUCUCCACUGAUGAGCGGGCCUACCAGCGGCAGCUGGUCAUGACCAUGGGCGUGGCUGAGUCCCAGCUCUUCUUCUACCCACAGCUCCUGCCAAUACACACGUUAGAUGUGAAGAGCACUGCGCUGCCUCCCGCCGUCCGCUGCUCCGAGUCUCGACUCUCUGAAGAAGGAAUGUUCCUGUUGGCUAACGGUCUGAACAUGUUCUUGUGGUUAGGAGUGAGCAGCCCACCAGAGCUGAUUCAAGGAAUAUUUAAUGUGCCAUCGUUUGCACAUGUCAACACAGAUCUGACAUCGCUGCCUGAGCUGGGAAAUCCACACUCUCAACAGCUCAGAAUCAUAAUGAAUAAUAUCCAGCAAAAGAAGCCAUACUCCAUGAAGCUCAUCAUAGUGAAGCAGCGUGAGCAGCGGGAGAUGGUUUUCCGGCAGUUCCUGGUGGAAGAUAAAGGACUCUACGGAGGAUCCUCCUAUGUGGACUUCCUCUGCUGUGUUCACAAGGAGAUCUGUCAGCUGCUUAACUGAGUGCUGUCCUCUCCCACUGAGGUUGCUGAAGAGACAGUCUCUGACUUGGUGCCUAAUUUUUCGAUGAUAGUAGGCUAGUUUUAAAUUUCUUGAUUACUUUCAAGACAGCUUGCCAAGACAGCACAAAGACCUUCAGCUUUGGUGCUUGGGUAGUGAGCCCAUGGAGGAAUCAUAAAGGGAACAGUCUAUUCUGGCUGUCCAACUUGUAACUUCUCAAGCUGACAGUUUGCAUUUCAUAAAUACAUAGUUUACAGGACCAUUUGCAGUCUCAAUUUUCUUUCUUUGUGCUAAAUUUAUAAAUUAUUUUUCAAACUGUAUAGAUUCACAGUACAAUUGUCUUGGUUCCUCUCUCUUUCGGCAUGAGGAAAAGACUUCAUUUUUAUCUUAUACCUAAUGCUUUAAAAACCCCAUGACUACAUUAAACAGAUUUUUUUUUUUUCAACAGAAGAUCUGCACAGCAGACUUUUUAAAACCUUGAAAUAUGCCUGGUAGAACAAUUUGUGUUCUCCUUUUUUCAUAAUUAUAUAUUGUUUAAAAUAUUUUCCAGUUGUUUUGUCUAUAAAAUGGUAUCUAUAUUCUUAAUGGUUCUUUGUACAAUGUUGAUGGUUUCUACCUGUAUAUAAUGGAUCUUAACCAAUAUCAAUAAAUUACUUCAUGUA